CAUUUCCAUAGUUAUCGCGUGUUUACAGAAUACAAAGUGCAAUUGUUUUGGUUUAUUUUAGUUUAUUCAUCGCUUCAUAGCCUUUAUUCUUAAGAUUACUGUAUUUAAGUGGGAAAAUGUAUACUCAUUUGCUGCGGAUUGUUUAUUCGUUCAGAGGUUACAGUACAAAGGCGUCACACAAUGUACAAGUACGGCCGAUUAACAAAAUUCUGAUCGCCAAUCGUGGUGAGAUCGCAUGCCGUGUAAUACGCACUGCGCGCCGGUUGGGUGUGCGUACGGUUGCUGUAUACUCUGAUCCAGAUGAGCACUCACUACACGCGUCUUUCGCCGAUGAGGCAUAUCGAGUCGGCGAGGCAGCGUCGGCGGCUUCCUAUUUGCGCGGCCAACACAUUAUUGAAAUCGCUAAGAAAGCUGCCUGCCAAGCGAUACACCCCGGUUAUGGGUUUCUCUCCGAAUCUGUAGAAUUCGCUGAGCUGUGUCAACGUGAGAAUAUUAUUUUCAUGGGACCACCCAGCACGGCAAUACGGGAUAUGGGCAUUAAAAGUACAAGCAAAGCGAUUAUGGCCGCCGCAGGCGUACCAAUCAUAAAUGGUUAUCAUGGCGAUGAUCAGUCUGAUGAGCGGUUGCAGACCGAAGCAGAAGAAAUUGGGUUUCCAUUAAUGAUCAAGGCAGUACGCGGUGGCGGUGGAAAGGGUAUGCGUGUCGCAGACAAAAGGGAAGACUUUUUAACAGCGCUUAAUUCGGCGCGAAAUGAAUCGCAGAAGUCAUUUGGCGACAGUUCAGUGCUAUUGGAGCGUUAUGUGCGCUCGCCACGACACGUAGAGGUUCAAGUGUUUGCCGAUCAAUAUGGCGACGCGGUGUACUUGUGGGAGCGAGAUUGCUCUGUGCAGCGGCGUCACCAAAAGAUCAUUGAAGAAGCGCCGGCGCCUGGUCUGUCGGAGCAACUGCGUCGCGAAUUGGGCGAAGCUGCAGUACGCGCAGCCAAGGCAGUGGGUUACGUUGGUGCUGGUACUGUAGAGUUCAUCAUGGACAAGGAAGAUCUCUCAUUCCACUUUAUGGAAAUGAAUACGCGUUUACAGGUGGAGCAUCCAAUAUCGGAAAUGAUCACUGGCACUGAUUUGGUCGAAUGGCAAAUUCGCAUUGCAGCGGGUGAGCGUUUACCGCUGACGCAAGAGGAAAUCGGUCGCAAAGGGCAUGCAUUUGAGGCCCGUAUUUACGCAGAAAACCCACGCGGUGGAUUUCUGCCUGGUGCUGGCCCACUGCGUUACCUAGCGACACCGCAACCGAACGAGUUUGUGCGCGUCGAAACAGGAGUACGCGAGGGGGACGAAGUGUCCGUACAUUACGAUCCAAUGAUCGCGAAAUUAGUUGUUUGGGGCGAGAAUCGCACGCAAGCAUUGAAUAGCUUAAUUGCACGACUGCGCGAAUAUCAU